AACGGUAAAAGCAACGAAUCUCCGGGAACAGCUGAUUGUCAAAAUGAACAGCCCCCUGCCCGACCCAUAACUCGAGGCUGCCAGCCAUCAGCUGGAGCUAGAACAGAAAGUUUCGGUUCGAUGUUUCAGUUUGCUAGCGAAUGGAAACCCGUGGAAUCAUGCGGUGCGUCACCAAGUGACGUCCACACUUAGUCAAAACAGUUACGCGCGACUCAGUGUGUGAGUGCUUGGGUGUGUGUGUGUGUGUGCGAGUGGAUGUGUGUGUGCGCGCGUGUGUGUGACUAUUUGUGUAUGGAGUAACAUUGAAAACGCCUGGGCCAGACUAUUGCCAAAAAAAAAAAAAAAAAGAAAAAAGAGAAAGAGAGAUAUAAGUAUAAAGAGCAAACAACGAACAGAGUGAGCCUUGACCUCAAGCAAUGCAAGUGCAUUACGAAUCACAACAACAGCGCAGCAGGCAAAACAAAAGCUAGACAAUCGGAAAAGUCAGAAGUGGGCGCAAUAUGACGCCCCGAGCGAGUCAAUUAAGCCACGCGCAACUGUAAAAAAAAAAAUGAGAAAGCUUUAUUAAUAACGCGAAAUUAAAGGUGCAUCGGAAAACGGGGGCGAGAACGAAAAACCUUUACAGAAAAUUGACGACGCAGAAAACGAGGAAAGCAAAAAAAAAAAAAAAAAAAAACAACUAAAACAACAACAAAACUGUGGCAACAGCAACAGCAUCUGCUGCUGUGGAGCAUGGGUUCAUGCUUUAGCAGCUGUGUUGCCGCCACCGCCACAAACUCCACCGCCACAAAUUCCACAGCCUCGUCGUCUUCCUCCUCCGUUAGCUCCACCAACUGCGUGACGGCCGUCGCCAACAGCUGGCUUCUUUGGCGUCGUCCCCGGACGAGAGCUCGAGCAGCAGCAGCCGCAGCAGCAGCUGGCACAGAUGAACCGGAAGCAGAGCUGCUGUCGGCCGCCAGUGAACGAUGCCAGCGACGUGGCCUUGUCUAUCGCAUAUUAAAGUUCAAGAGGAAACAGCAAUGUCCACAAUUUCUGGACCGAUAUUGGGAACAGCAGCCCAGCUAUGCGAAGCUGCAGAACGACAGUGCCCUGACGGACAUACAGCUACAGAAUCUGGAUGUGCACAAGCUGCUCAAUGCCACGACGACGUCCAGCAAGGAGACGGACCUGCAGAACUAUACGCACAUGGCCAGCUCAAGGGCCAGCUCCUCUCUGGAUCUGGAGUGGGAGCAUGAAUACUCGCAGCUGCGCCAGUAUCAGCAGCGACAGCACAAGGAGCAGCAGCCGCAGCAGGAUACACCGCCCCGCGGCGCCUCCCAGCCGUGCUACUCAUCUCUGGACCAACUGACGACGGCUGCAUCGCUGGCCGCCAGUCACGGACGCCAUGCGGCAGCGCGUCAAGCACGACUGAGCGGCCAGCGCUAUGGCGGCUCCUUUACGCGCACCUCCUGCUGCUCGUCGACGCAGAACUCCUGGUCGCACAUAUCCACGCCCGAGUCGCUCGAGUGGGACAUCGAUGCCGAGCAGGAGCAGCAGCGCCAGUUGCGCCAAGAGGAUGACAACUUGGAUGAGGAGACACUUAAACUACUCCAUCAAAUCGAACAGCUCAAACAUCAUGUGCUUCAAGAGACUGGCGAUGGCUUAAGCGUCGGCAUGGGCGUGGCCGUGGAGGAGCUCAGCGAAGGAUUGCAAUUUCGAUCAUCGCAUUUCGGUGUGGCGAACGGCUCAGAGCUGGAGAUCCAUAUUAGUUGAUCUGUGGCACUCUGUAUAUAUAUAUAGACAUGUAUAAAUAAUGUACAAGAGACCUACAAAGGACCUGUAAGGAAUGGACUAAACGAAAUAAUAGAGACGUGCUUCAAAAAAGCUCCAAUAGAUG